UUUUUGUGAGUCCGGCAUCUAGUUCCUUCAGUGGAAUGCCCAGUAGGAAUUAGGCUUAUCGCAGUCCAAUUGGAACCAUUGAAACGGAAUUGACCAUUGGCUGUAUCUCUGAGGCAUUCAAGCAUCUCACGGGCUCAUCUCUUCAAUGGCUUUUCUAUUUCUCAAUUUAACAUCAGCAUGAUGUCGCCGGCACUGGACCACCUUCCCCCUGAGGUACUACAUAUGACACUGGCUCAUUUGGACAUUGAUCGCCGCGACUCAAACAAAUUAGAACCGCCAGAUGCCCACUUUCGCUAUUCUCGGCAGAUGUGCGACCGGCCAUCUUGGUACUCAUUAAGACUACAGCCGCUUCUCUCCCUUUGCCUGGUUUCCAAGCGCUUGUGCAGCGCCAUUCAACCUAUCUUAUAUAGUGAGUUUAUGCUCGGGUAUGGCGACUCGUGGCGCUCAGAGCUUUAUACAUGGGAUGGCCGGCUUCUUUCGUUCUUGCAAACAGUCGCUCGGCGCCGAGACUUGGCUGGGUUCGUGAAGAGAAUUCAUAUACUGCCACAUCUGCUCCAAGCUUCUCUUAAGGCCCUGGAAAAGGAGGAGAGAGACCGUCAAAGGUUGUUAAAGGAAGGGAAGACACGGGCUCGGACGCCGAAUGGGAAGGGUCUGCGUCCGCCUGACGUUGAUAAUAGCCCCCUGCGAGCCUAUUGUGGCCUGAAUACCUGCUGUGACCAGCCACAGCCAGAAUUGAGACAGUCCAUAUUGAGAGCGGAAGCUUGUGACACUCUCCGCGAGAUUGCCGUUGCUUUAAAAAUCAAAGAGCCCAAGAGACUGUCAGCCAAAGACUUAAUUACUCUUUUGAUUGCGGCACUACCAAAGCUGGAACAUUGCAGCCUUUUCUUUGGUCCAGACUCUGACAUAUUUUCUGUUGACGCUGCAACCCUAUCGGCCGCCGGGAUCUCACAACUGCCGCUGCGGACUAUAAAUCUUUCGGUGCUACGCACUGCUGAGAGGUAUUUUGAUCUUGACUACAAUGCCAGGGCCCUCCUUGAUGUUUCUCCGUACCUUGAAACGCUUAACCUCCAUAAGUGCUAUGGUACUCUCCAUAAGUACUAUGGUACUCGGAAACGGGCCGCAUUGCCUUUUUUGCCGAGACUUAGGCAUGUUCGAAUCACGUCCAGUCGCCUCAACGAGCAAGGCCUUGAAAACAUACUCAAUUCUUGUGACGGUCUAUGCAGCUUCACGUACGAGGCGGGGGUUCACUUCGGCGAUGGCGGGCCAGAAGGGCAAUGGGACUCCAGCGAUCAUUUCCAGCUCCACAAUGCUGCAAGAUAUCUCAGCCGCCACCGCAAAACACUCAAAUCGGUGCAUGUCGAUCUCCGGCACCGGGGAGGGGACCCCGCCACCCCGAGCGCUUUCAAUUUUCGAGAGCUUACGGCCCUGAAACACCUCUUUCUCAACCUGGACGAGUUCCACAGCAGGUUUUUCAUGCAUCGUUGGACGGAUGACUCCCAGAUCUUAGUCCAAAUUCUCCCUUCCGGCGUUGGCUCCCUACACCUUGCUGGGCGUAUUGGCAAGGAUCUUCCGCGGCUGGAAAAGGCUCUGCUUGGUCUUAGCGAGGCUGUUAAAGAACAAUUCCAGAACCUGAAGGAGGUGAGAUGGGACAGAAAUACCAAGUUGCAUGCGGAAGAUGCUGUGAGGUCUCUGUUUGCUGACGCCGGGGUCGACUUUGCAUACGACAGCUGGCCACCAACCAGGUUGUCGUUCUACCAGGGGGACUCUAUGCCACCAGCGAAUUUUGAGCAUCCAUAUUUCGCACUACCGGACAGUGAUGACUCUGAUCUCUGAUGGGAAACCCUAAUAUUUAGCCAUAUCAAUGACUCAGGAUGCGAUUUGCAUUCACUGAGUAAACAGUAUGGAGUCAACACCACCAUUCAAGGCAUAUAUGUACCGCAUAAAUCAUCUACUUGUUUGAGCAAGGACUGCUGUAUCAAUAUUUGCUCUUCCAAGACAUUCGAUCAACUCAGCCACGCUGUCUUCGAGCUAAAGCCAAGGAAGCUACUUCCUUGCGCCUUGCGGGCAUUUGAACAUGUUAACCUGAGAGAAGCCCUAAUUGGACCAACUACAAUAGAAAGACUGUACCAUGGUCAUACCCUUGGCAAACUAAUUAGGUGAGAGUGUCAGUAUAAAAGCUGUGAGACCUUCCUUCUAUCUCAUCCAAAUAUCACUACUUUGAGAGAGUGAGUAGAGAAAGUUAUUUCGCUCACAGAAUUAGACUCACCCAUCGCUCGUCCACCAUGACUACGUACUGGCACUGGUCAUUCACCGCAUCGUCAAAGAUCAAGAUGCACUAAUUAGAAAGCCGGCAGGGCUGUAAAGAGCCGAUUUACACGAGCCUAAGAGACAUAAUAUGCGCACACAGCAGGUCUUGGAGCUUGCUGCUCUGGGACGCACUCAAUAAUACCAAAGCCAUUCUGAAGAGAAGACCGAGGAUACUGCGUCCGCACCGCAAC